UUCCAACUUUCAAGGCGCUCGUCUCGCGAAGGUUCCAUCGUCUUCUUCUCCGCCAGUGAGCUUGUUCAAACAUGGCGUCGGGGAAUCCUGGGAUUGCGAAAGAUGUAACUGAAUUAAUCGGGAAUACUCCAUUGGUGUAUCUGAACAAUGUUGUUGAAGGUUGUGUUGGUCGUGUUGCUGCUAAGCUCGAGUCCAUGGAACCAUGCUCUAGCGUCAAAGACAGGAUUGGCUAUAGUAUGAUUGCUGAUGCAGAAGCCAAGCGUCUAAUCAAACCAGGGGAGAGUGUUUUGAUCGAGCCAACUAGUGGCAAUACUGGUGUUGGGUUAGCGUUUAUGGCUGCAGCCAAAGGCUACAAGCUCAUUAUCACAAUGCCAGCAUCUAUGAGUAUAGAGAGAAGAAUCAUUCUCCUAGCUUUUGGAGCAGAGUUGGUUCUUACAGACCCGGCUAAAGGCAUGAAAGGAGCCGUUGCAAAGGCAGAGGAGAUAUUGGAAAAAACUCCCCAUGGUUACAUCCUCCAACAGUUUGAGAACCCUGCCAACCCUAAGAUCCACUACAAGACUACCGGACCUGAGAUAUGGAAAGGUUCCAAUGGAAAAGUUGAUGGCUUUGUUUCUGGGAUCGGUACUGGUGGUACCAUAACUGGUGCUGGGAAGUAUCUUAAGGAGCAGAACCCGAAUAUAAAGUUGUAUGGUGUGGAGCCAGUCGAAAGCCCUAUUCUUUCUGGUGGGAAGCCAGGACCCCACAAAAUUCAGGGGAUAGGUGCCGGUUUCAUCCCGGGCAUUUUGGAUGUUGAUCUUAUCGAUGAAGUUGUUCAGGUAUCGAGUGAAGAGGCCAUUGAAAUGGCAAGGCUUCUUGCUGUAAAAGAAGGUCUUCUGGUGGGAAUAUCAUCCGGUGCAGCAGCUGUUGCUGCAAUUAGACUUGCAAAGAGGCCGGAAAACGAAGGAAAGCUUAUUGUGGCUCUGUUCCCGAGCUUCGGGGAAAGGUAUUUAUCGACGGUACUGUUUGAUGCGGUGAGGAAAGAGGCGGAAGCUAUGACCUUCGAGCCCUGAUUUUGUCGGUGCUGAUGAAGCAAGGAGCCUGGAUACUCAAGAGGCACCAUUCUUGUACCAGUAAUAAAAAGAUCUUCAGGUUAAGACAAGAGAGAGACAGAUAUAUUGUGAAACCCUUGUUAACUUUCAUUACCUCCUGCAAUGGAAGAAGAAGUUUGCUCAUUUGGUAUCUUUGGUUUUCAUGACAAUAAACUUAGCUUGUUCUUACUGUAAUACAUUACCAAACUUCUGAGUUUGAUUUUGCUUCAUUC